GCAAAGGAAAACUAUUUCUUCCGAAGCAGGCAGGAGAAAAGUGUUUAAUUUGAUGAAAAAUCAUCAUAAUUAGGCCUAACGCCAUGAGAUACAGCGACCAAGAACUUCUUACUCUUGCUUGUUCACCACCAGACGUCGAAGGGAGGCUCUGGUACAGACAACAACGGCGUCGUCGAGAAAGUUAUAGGGAAAGAUUGUUCCGACUGAAGUCAAACUUCCUCUUCUACUUCAGAAUUCAUGAAACAAGCAGAACACUUGAUCCACUUGGAGCUUUGCUGUUAGAACGAUGUACUAUAAGAGAGGAGCCUAUGGACCAUGGCCGCUAUGUCUUCUCAUUAGAGUACCAGGAGGAGAGAGAUCACAAACAUUACUUCGCCGUUUCAUCAUCAGGCGAAUACAGAAGAUGGAUCGAUGCCAUCAAAACAUCAAGUUAUGAGAGGCUAAAAUCAACAUUCUUGCUGCUUCAAAGAGAAAUAGUUAGAGUAAAGGAUGUGAAAAAGCAUAAGGAUGCUUCUCCAAAGCCAGUCAGACGUGCCCCACCCCGACCAUCCCAUCCUCCCGCUGGUAGAUCACAUGUUAAACUCACCAAGGAAACAACAGAAAUACCCCAAGUGAAGAAAGAAAUGGAAGUUGGAGGGGCCCUAGUGGAUAUUACUUGACACAAAAAGAGGAUUGGACUUCACUAUGAAUGACUACUAUGAAUAUCAUUAUGUUAAACAAAUAUUGCCACAAGAUAUUGAAUAUUUAAAGGCCUACUAUACUGUAAUGUAUUAUGCAUGAUGGAAAAGUUCAUGCAAGUUUGUUACCAUCAGACUCGGAGUAAGAUUCUGAUUUUUUUUCCUUUUUUGCAUGUUCUUGUCAUAACUGAAAGAGGUUGGGCUGUGAAACUUGUAUAUAAAGACCACUAAAGGGUUACAAGAAAAGUGGGCUUUAUGAGCAGAUGAUCUUUAUUGACAUACUUAUUUAGCUGCCCUAGAAUAUUAUUCCAGAUUGAAAUAUGCAGAGUUUGACUCCAGUCGUGUGACUUGGACUCGGGUCACGGCUCACGUCGCUAAGUUGCUGAAUUGCGGCUUGACUUGCUAACUGCCCAAAUAAAUGACCUGGGACAAAUUUUAUUGUGGAAUUCUAUUCAAGGGGAACCAAACUAGUGUUUUUGUAUACAGGUGUUUGAUAAAAACAGGUUUCAAGUUUAGAUUCAUGCAAAAACAUUUGUAAUGUGAUGAUUUUUUAGACUGAUGUCACAAGAUAGUAUGUAGAAAAGCUGCUAAACAGACACUACACGAUCCAAUACGGUGCAAUUUGGGAAGAAAAAGCAUCCUUUAUUAAAUUUGAAAGAAGUUAAUGAUUUUAUAUGAUGUUCGGAAUAAUGCCAGGAAUACUGAAAUUAUAAUUCUGCUCUGCUGCAAACCUUGUGCUCGGAGUAAACUCCAAAUUAGCUUCAAGUCACUGCCAAUGAUGACUUCAUUACAAUUUGGAAGAGAAUUUGUUUCUAUUCCUAUAGGGAGGCUCGAAAUGGACUGGAAUUUCAAUUUGAAUACAAGUAUUCCUAUUCUGAACUGUAAUCUUUUAAGAUUUUAUAAGUUGGCAUGUUCACGUCAAGUAGGAUAUGCAUUACAGUGCCUUUGAAAAUUGCAUCGCAACAGGGGCCCGUUGCAGAAAGAGUUGCGUUUAAACGCAAGUAAAA